AUGAAUAACAGCAACUGGAAAUCGCCCAUAGCAAAUGUGAAGACUUUUCCCGGUGCCGAUUGUGGUUUCGACCACGUAUUGCUAGUUGCUUGUCUUUCCCUGCACCUGAAAGCGAUCCAUCAACACUCACGACCAACGCCCCAAAGUUUGUAUCCUAUUGAACGGUUGCACUUCCAAAGCAUGAUCGAAAACAAACUUGCUGAGAGCUCAACACUGCCGGCGACUGAUACCGAUACUCUUUGGGAAAGUUUUGAUAGUAAAAGCAAUGAGUCUCUAAGUGUAAUUGUUUCGAAACGAGAGAAUGACCACAGGAAAACAGAUUGGAUAACAGACCACAUGUGGGAACUUUUCAGCAAAGAAAAGAAGUCAAAGCGAGAGGCGAGGCGAGGGGCUGCAGAACCCCAUUGUACUGAAGGAAUAUUCAUAGAUGUGCCAAAUUAUCGAGAAUAA